ACUGCAGCAGAGUGAGUGCUCUGUCCGUGUCUCCGCCCUGCUAGGUGCUUUCUCAGGUGAGGCGGCUGCUGGACGCACGGAGGAAUGUGGCUGCGGCUCAAACAUGGACUCCGCUUUUCUUCCUAACAUGACGUUAGCAGAAGCUGGCCGAGGUUUGAGGAUCCUGAUAUGAGGUUUUUUCAGCGGAUCUGUAUUUUUUGACAGCCCGGAAAACUUUGAACUCAUCCAGCCAGGUGUGGCAGCUCCACCUGCAGCGCCAGUGGAUCUCGUUUUCCAGGGUUCUGUUGAGGAUUUUAUUGCACCUCACGAUGCCGGCGGAUCAGAUCAGCGUCACGGAAUUUGUUGCGGAGACCAAUGAGGACUAUAAAGCUCCGACCACCUCCAGCUUCACCACCCGGAUGUCCCACUGCAGGAACACAGUGGGAGCUCUGGAGGAGGCUCUGGACCUGGACAGAUCGGUUCUGUAUAAGAUCAAGAAAUCGGUGAAGGCCAUCAACACUUCCGGUCUUUCUCAUGUGGACAAUGAGGAGCAGUACAUCCAGUCCAUGGAGAAGUUUGCAGCCAACUACAUGACUGAUGUGGAAGGCGAGCUUGGUGCCGCCUUCCUUAAGUUUGCCGUGUUCACCAAAGAGCUGGCGGCGCUCUUCAAGAACCUGUUGCAGAACAUGAACAACAUCAUCAUGUUUCCUUUGGAUAGCCUGCUGAAAGGAGACCUGAAAGGAGUGAAAGGGGACCUGAAGAAGUCAUUUGAUAAAUCCUGGAAGGAUUACGAGACCAAACUAGCAAAGAUUGAGAAGGAGAAAAGAGAACAUGCUAAGCAGCACGGCAUGAUUCGAACAGAGUUUAGCGGCGGAGAAAUUGCAGAGGACAUGGAGAAAGAAAGACGGAUUUUCCAGCUUCAGAUGUGUGAGUACCUGCUAAAAGUGAACGAGAUCAAGCAGAAGAAAGGUGUGGACUUCCUCCAGAACCUCAUCAAGUAUUUCCACGCUCAGUGCAAUUUCUUUCAGGAUGGGCUUAAAACUGUGGAGAAUCUUAAGCCAGCUGUAGAGAAAAUAGCUGCAGACCUGACUGCGAUCAAGCAGACUCAGGAUGGAGAGAGGAAGCAGCUGAGUCAGCUCCGAGAUAACCUGAAGACGUCGCUGCAGACGGACCAAAAAGACGACCUUCAGGCGAAGCAGAGCGCAGGUUACAACCUCCAUCAGCUUCAAGGAAACAAAGCUCAUGGCACCGAACGCUCCGGAGUCCUUUACAAGAGAAGUGAGGGGUUGAGAAAGGUGUGGCAGAAAAGAAAAUGUUUCGUCAAGAACGGCCUUCUGACCAUCUUCCACGGCACGCCCAACAAACCUCCAGCCAAACUCAACCUGCUCACCUGCCAGGUGAAGAGGAACCCUGACGAGAAGAAGAGCUUCGACCUGUUUUCACACGACAGGACCUACCACUUCCAGGCCGAGGAUGAGGCCGAGUGUCAGGUCUGGGUGUCGGUGCUGCAGAACAGCAAGGAGGAGGCUCUGAACAUGGCCUUCAAAGGCGACCAGAAUGAAGGGGAGAACAACCUCGUGCAGGAGCUGACAAAAGCCAUCGUCGCGGAGGUGAAGGGGAUGAGCGGCAACGACAGCUGCUGCGAUUGUGAUGCCCCAAGUCCCACAUGGCUCUCCACCAACCUUGGGGUCCUGAUCUGUAUCGAGUGCUCAGGGAUCCACCGGGAGAUGGGGGUUCAUUACUCCAGGAUCCAAAGUCUGGAGCUGGAUGUUUUGGGGACCUCGGAGCUGCUGUUGGCUAAGAAUGUAGGAAACGCCAACUUCAAUGACAUCAUGGAGGCAAAUCUGGAGGAGCAGGGUGUAACCAAACCGGAUCCGAAAAGUGACAUGCAAAUGAGGAAGGACUACAUCACGGCCAAGUACACGGAGAAGUGCUUCGCCCAGCGGCUGUUUGCCGAUGCCGAGUCCAGGCUGCAGGCUCUGUACGAAGCCGUGAGAAACAGGGACAUCCUGUCGCUGAUCCAGGUCUACGCUGAGGGUGUGGACCUGAUGGAGGCCAUCCCGCAAUCGAACGAACACGAACCCGGAGAGACGGUGCUCCAUCUGGCCGUCAGGAUGGUGGACAGAAACUCUCUCCACAUCGUCGACUUCCUCGCUCAGAACAGCGGCAACCUGGACAAGCAGACGGCCAGAGGAAGCACAGCGCUGCAUUACUGCUGCCUAACGGACAACAGCGAGUGUCUGAAGCUGCUGCUGAGGGGGAAAGCUUCAGUGUCCAUCACAAACGAAGCUGGAGAAACUCCUCUGGACAUCACUAAACGUCUGCGGCACUCCCAGUGUGAAGAGCUGCUGACUCAGGCUAAGACAGGAAAGUUUAAUGUUCACGUUCAUGUAGAGUAUGAAUGGCGUCUCCAAAAUGAGGAGCUGGAUGAGAGCGAGGACGAGCUGGAGGACAAGCCCAUCCUGAAAGCUUCCCCAUCCCGACGUGAAGAGCGUCCAAUCAGCUGCAUCGUUUCCAUGCAGCCCAACUUUUCAGCGCUGGCUCGCGACGCCGCCCUCAUAGCUCGGGACAAGCAGAGACCUCCAAUCCCAAGCAGCAUGAUCAGCAAUGAGACGUACGGCACAAUGUUGGAAGUAACUCUGCCGCCGCUGGGACCGAUUCCGCCCGUACCUCCGAGAGGUCCAAACCGAGGUGUCAGUAAACCCACUCCAGUAGAAUCAGUAGGAAGACAACGCUCAUCCUCUGACCCCUAUAACCCUCAAAACCCUGAGAUGAACACCUCCAUGUAUGUGCUCCCAGCUGUCCCUCCGCCACCUCCUCCUCCUCCUCCUCCAUUUAAGAGAACCGGCAAGUUGGAGACUAAGAAUGUGUCGGUCAAAAACACCCCCCUGCCUCCUCUGCCCCCUCCACCAGCUGGACGUCCUCCUGUGCCACCGGGACCCUCGCUUACAUCACCGCCCCACUACAAACCUCAACCACCUACCCCACCUCUGCUUAGCCAGCAGACCAGUAGACCACCAGCACCACAAGGACCCCCAUCACCUAAGUCAGUGAAACAGCCUCCUCAUAGACCUCCAGUUAGAGCUGCAUCAGUGAACAAACCAGGUUUUCAGAGUCCUGAAAGUCUGGCUCCACCUACACCUAAACCCAGAACCGCCUUCACUAAGCAAAAGCUUCAGAGGGUGAAGGCCAUCUAUGACUGCUUUGCCGAUAAUCCGGACGAGCUGACCUUCAGAGAGGGGGAGGUGAUUGUGGUGGAGGGGGAGGAGGACAGCGAGUGGUGGAUCGGUCAUAUUGAAGGAGAUCCGGGCAGAAAGGGAGCAUUUCCUGUCACCUUUGUUCACUUUACUACUGAGUGACCUGUUCAGUUCUGUAUAGAGUUAACAUCCUCCACCAGCAGUCCAACUGGAUGUAACCAGAACAAAACUCAAACUGAAUCAUGGAGAGCCCCUGGAGGCUUAUGUCAGACCUGACGUGUAAUAUCGGAAACUUCUAAAAGUUUGUUUAGUCCAAUGUGCUGAAUGCUGCACGUCAACUGUUUGCAUCUCUGAAUUAUGUUUGUGCCUUGUUUAAACUCUGAGAUGUUUAUUUUAAAUCAAUCUGAGUCCUGGGAAUAUUUGUGAAAAUUUUUUAAAUGAAAGUUGUGGAGCCUUAGCAUAGAGAUAGACAGCAGGAACGCUGUGCCAAACUGGAAAGGGUUUUCCAAACCCAGUUGAUGCCUGGACUAUGUUCCCGAAGUCGAACGGACUCAUGAAAGUGACUCUUCUUCUGCUAGUGGGAUCGAAGCCGAUCCUGUAUGUUAAUGCUUCAGGUCAAAAAGUGGAAAAUAAAAAUAUUUGAAAUAUUUUAACAUUUUUCCACAUAAAAACUGUGGGUGAGAUUUGAGAUUAGAGUCAAGAAGGGUAAACUAUGAAACGCCUGUUAGAUUUUGUUCUAUAUUCUCUCUUCAAUAAAGACACUCUUAUGUAACUGAA